AGUCAGCCCGCUCUCUCUCUCUCUCUCUGUCUCUGUCUCUUUCUGUCCGAGUCUCUUGACUCUGCCUUCUCAGAGCCCCUUGUAUACGGAGAAGAAGAGGGCUCAAGCUCAACUGAAGAAAAGUCUGUGCUUUGCUGGGGAAAAUUUUCCAUCUUUGUUAUACAUACCCUUCUGUAUUUUCUGGUCGUGUCUCGGGUUCCUGGCGAUGGCAGAAGUCAUAUAUUUCUUAAACAAGGACACUUUGAUCAUUAAACCUCCAAAGAAAUCGCCUCUAGUAUAUAGAAUGAUAGUUUUGGCAUUUUCAAUGUUUUGCGGGGUGUACAUAUGCUCAAUCUGUCUGAAGCAAAUAAACCGCCAUGCCAAGCCAAAUCUGGUGAACAUCCAAAUCACUGAGGAACCUGGGGAGCUUCAUGGAACGAAACAAUCUGAUAGAACCUCAAUCCAUUAUCCAAAACCCGAAACUUUUAGCAGGGCUGAGUGUGCAGAUAAUCCAGUGCGAUAUUUCGUUAUCAUAUCAACACAGAGAUCGGGAAGUGGAUGGUUCGAGACACUGCUAAAUAGCCACCCAAACGUGAGCUCCAAUGGGGAGAUUUUCUCCAUCAUGGAUCGGAGGAAGAAUGUUUCCUCGAUUUUACAGACUCUUGACCAAGUUUACAACUUGGAUUGGUUUAGCAGCGCUUCAAAGAACGAGUGCUCUGCUGCGGUUGGCUUCAAGUGGAUGCUUAAUCAGGGAGUAAUGGAUCACCAUAUAGAAAUUGGGCAGUACUUUACCCACUGGCGUGUUUCUGUAAUCUUCCUCUUCCGCAGAAAUCUUCUGCGCCGCAAGGUUUCAGUGCUUGCAAAUUCCUACGACCGCUAUGCUAAAUUGUUGAAUGGAACCCACAAGUCCCAUGUGCAUUCUCCGCAAGAGGCUGUGACUCUCUCGCGUUACAAACCUACGAUCAACUCCUCAUCGUUGAUCAAUGAUUUCAAGGAGAUGGAGUCGGCCGUUUUCAAGGUUUUGACAUACUACAAUUCCACGAGGCACAUUGUGCUGUACUAUGAGGAUCUCAUGAAGAAUUGGGCUAAGCUGAAUGAAGUACAAGAGUUCCUUGACCUGCCGACGAAGGAUUUGACGAGCCGCCAGAUCAAGAUACAUAGUGGGCCCUUGUCGGACCAUAUCAAGAACUGGAACGACGUCUUGAAGACGCUUGAUGGGACUAGUUAUGAGCGCUUCAUCCAUGCUGACUAGCAACUUGCUUCUUCAGCAAGAUUUUGGAAUCAUGUACAUAUUGAGUUCAAGUAAGUCUUUUUUUUUUUUCGGGCGUAGAUAGCUAAUGACUAGAGCUGCGAGAAUCGUACUCUCUUGCACUGCCUGCUUUUGGGGGUCUAAAUUUUGUUUCUUCCUCUGCAUUCAACACAUAGUGGAAUCUUACAGUAUUUCUUUGUUCCUUUUUUAGCUCUAGAUUCAUUCUAGAUUAUGACACACUAGGUCUAUUGCACCUGCUAAUUAAGAGUA